AUGCCGAUCCCCAUCCUGAAUGCGUUCUCCCUCUUGACGGUCGCCCUCAACCGCAUACUUGCCCGUAUAGACCGUUGGGUCCACUAUGUCAGCGGCUACAUUCUGUACCUCUUCUUCAGGGGCCUGAAACCGCAGACUCACACCCGCCCGUACAAGACCAAGGAUGGCCGCUUCUACUCGCCAGCCGCUGUCAUCACCGGCGCUAGUGAGGGCAUCGGCCUCGCAACAGCGACCCACCUAGCUGCCAGGGGCUUCACCGUCUUCGCCACGGCCCAAGACGACAGCGAGCUCUCCAAGAUCAAGUCCGUCGCGGACCAGUCCAACGGCACCAACAUCGCCCAGAGCGGCGGGACCAUCCACCCCUGCCUCAUGGACGUGCUCUCGCACGACUCCAUCUCGCACUGCGCGUCCCACAUCGAGUCCGUCCUGGCCGGCGACCGCGACAAGCCGCUCGUUGGCGUCGUCAACAACGCGGGCUACUGCAUGAUCUCGCCAAUGGAGCUGACGCCCGAGAAGGAUGUGCGGCGGCUGUUUGAGCUGGACUUCUGGGCGUAUGUCGCUGUGAUCAAGGCCUUCCUACCGCUGAUGAAGCAGAACAAGGGCCGGUUCAUCAACGUCAGCAGCUAUGGUGCGUUCGUGAACCCGCCCAUGUGGGUGCCGUACUGUGCGGUGAAGGCGGCGAUCGACGGGAUGACGCGGGCGUGGAGGUUGGAAUUGAUGCCGUUUGGUGUUGGUAGGACUCCUCUGAUGCUCAUUCUGGCUCCCGUUGAUUCGGGUGCGUGUAGCUGA